AUGCCUCAAUUUGGCUUGUUCACGUGCUACGCUGGGCUACUCGCCGGAGUAGCGGCAUCCAGCUUUUCAGGAGCAGUCCCCAUUCGCUUUGUCACAGCUAGCCCGCACCAAAGGAGCCUGGACACGAAAUUGUCCUCCUUCGCUCAGGAGAGCAACCCGCCUACGGCCGAAGACAAAACUGACGCGUGCCUACCCAUUCUGAAUGGCUUGCGGACGGAAGGUCUCAGUGCCGUGUUGGUUGAACUCAAGAAAGCGGAAGAACAAGAUGUCAGUGGGAGCCUUACAGGUCUACUACCGGAAAGCAAAACUAAAGUCACAGAUAUCGCAGCAGAACUUGCAGGGUCCGACAAAGCUUCAUGUGAUGGAGCAGCUAUUAAAGACUCCAAGUAUCCAGGACUUGUAAUUCCUUUUGAUCACUCAACGGAAUUCGACUGCGAGGCUCUGAUUAAUGAUUCUUUCUAUGCAGGCCUGAGCCAUCUCGAAGAGAAUAACUAUGACCCGUCGGCUGAAAGUUCCCAAUUGGGCGUGGCCCCGCUGGACAAUCGAGCAGCACAAAAUUUAGCAGCCAUAGUUUACGACGAAUCGGAAAAAGUGGCGUGUGCCGCCACUACUGACUGUGCAGCUGGUAAUAAUGUUUUGUUCUGCUAUUUCGUAAAUCCUUUGAAAAAGGAAACAAAGAAGCCAAUCAACGCGGAGGUCUACGAGGUGCUGUUGAAGCGGCCGCGGGGUUCAGCGUCGAUCACAAUUCCUGCCAUUGCAGCUACGCUUUUGUCCCUCGCGCUGGCUAUGCUAAGUUGA